CUCAACCACCAAUCUUCGUUGCAUCUUCUUCCCAAUUUCACCCUCCGCCACUUUAGCGAAGAGGUUAGGGGUUCUUUCCUCGAUAAAUCUCAGGUCACAGAUCGCGUCCUUUCGUGCGUAAAAAACUUUCAGAAAGUAGAACCUUCUAAGGUCACUCCAUCUACUCAUUUCCUAAACGACCUUGGAUUGGAUGGUUUAGAUGAUGUAGAGAUUGUGAUGGUUCUUGAGGAAGAGUUUGGAUUUGAAAUUCCUGAUAAUGAAGCAGAAAACAUUAACUCCAUUAAUCUUGCAAUUGACUUCAUUGCAUCUCAUCCUCAGGCCAAGUAGUGGAACUCA